ACGAUGUCGUCAGAGUACUCAUUCUGUAGCGAGGGAGGCUUCGACGAACUCUCGAGUUCCUCCGAUUCUGGUUUCGAUGUUAGCUUUGAAUCGCCGAAACACGAAUUACCAGCCGACGCUCUAUUCCCUCCUGCUAAAGAAGAGAAACGCAAAAAAACGCGGAAUACUCGUUGCAAAAGUCCCACGCAGGUGCUCAGAUUAAAGAGGAACCGGCGGAUAAAGGCGAACGACCGCGAGCGUCACAGAAUGCAUACGCUGAACGAUGCUCUGGAACGUCUGAGGAUGGCCCUGCCGACCUUCCCCGAGGAUACGAAGCUCACGAAGAUCGAGACGCUCCGUUUCGCGCACAACUACAUCUGGGCACUGUCGCAGACUUUGGGCGGCAACUCCGACGGCGGUGAGAUUACGGUGAAUGUCGGCAACGUCACCGUCAGCAUCACCGAAAACGGCAACAUGAUCACCUCGUCAACUGGAAGUUGCGCGGUGGCGGCUCAGAAGAGACUCGGGCCGCAACAUACCGCGGGUUUCCCGUAUCCACCUCAGGAGCGAUUCGUCGCGCCCGAAUGGCAGGAAUACGAUUGCUACAGCGAUCAGAGCGUGAGCCCGCCGAUGCAAUAUCAACCCUGCUACGAUCAGAGGAUGUACCAGGUUCACCGUCCUCAGCAUCAGCUAGCGCCGCCGUCUCAUCAUCACAUGUCUCAUCACAACAACAUGUAUCAGUGUCUUUAAACGUCGACGAAGUGCAGAUAAAUUCUAAUGGCUUGAACGAGUCGGUUUCUUCAGCGUUGAUUAUAUUUAUCCGUAGAUUCAGCUCAAUCUCUCCGUCUACGCUGUUACAAAUAAUUAAAGAGAUACACAAGAAUGAUUAUCUCUCGGAUAACUUAAUUAAAGACUCAACCAGAGGAAGAAAUCGAGUAUAACUGAAGCUGAAAAGUGUUUUCCAAAGAGCUGACGUGAUUGUAAAAAGAAAGGACAGUGUGCUAUGAUUAUCGUUAUCUACUUUAUAAGAGAGUAUUUUAUUCGAGAAGAGUAUCAAAUCGCUUUUACUUACGGUGUAAGUCGAUUAGAUGUAUUUUUCAGUUUUACUUUUAAUCCUCCAUAAGCAUAUUUUGCUGUACAUCAAUCAGAAAAAUGGUAAAGAUGGUAUAAUCAACAGGAAUAACAAUAUUUUUGCAAGAUUGACACUUUUAUUUCAAAAUUAUGUAAAUUUUUUCCUAUGUUAAUAUUAGAAGUAGUUUAAUUUUAUGUUUCAGUGCGGAAAAUGUUGGAUUUGUCAUUGAAGAUUAAUUGUAGAUAAUUAAUGAAUGAUGAAUUUCUUACGUUUCAAGUACUGUAUUACACCUGCGUUCCUUUGUUCUAGUCAGAAAUAUUUUUAGUUGAUCUCGAACGCUCGAUCUCAUUUUUGUUCAGCAUAUCUUAAGAUAUAUAUAAGCUUUUAAAUUAAUUUAAAAAAGUAUAU